GACAUGAUUUUAUCUUGGAGAAAACGAAGAGCUUGCCGCCGUGCUGGCAAGAACGAUCUCUCCCAAGCCAACUUGGAAAUGGAGCUAACCAUUCCAAGCCAUUUCCGAUGCCCGAUCUCUCUCGAUCUGAUGAAAGAUCCGGUUACAUUAUCAACCGGGAUCACAUACGAUCGAGAGAGUAUCGAGAAGUGGAUUGAAUCUGGGAACUUUACUUGUCCUGUCACCAAUCAAGUAUUGAGAAAUUUCGAUCAAAUCCCCAACCACGCAAUAAGGAGGAUGAUCCAAGAUUGGUGUGUCGAGAAUCGCUCUCAUGGCAUUGAGAGAAUACCAACGCCAAGAAUUCCGGUGACCUCUCACGACGUAUUGGGGAUUUGUUCGAAGAUAAUAUUGGCAACUCAACGCGGGGAUCAAAAGAAAUGCUUGGAAUUGGUGUCAAAGAUAAAGACAUGGGCGAGAGAGAGCGAACGAAACAAGCGAUGCAUCACGGAGAAUGGCGCUGGAUUCGUGUUAUCGUCUUCAUUCGAGUCUUUCUCGUCAUUUUCAAUCAAAGAACGUGAAGAUUUGCUCGGAGAGACCUUGUCGGCAUUGACAUGGAUGUUUCCACUUAGUUCAGAAGCCCAAUUGAAGCUAAGUUCAGCCUCAUCUUUACGUUGCAUGGCAUGGUUUUUGAUGGGUGAAGAUCUCUCUUCUCGCCAAAACUCAGUUUUAGCCCUAAAAGAACUACUUUCUUCAGAUCAGAGGCACACAAACGAUUUCGCGGAGAUUGAAGGAGUCAACGAGGCCCUAGUUCAGAUAAUUAAGGAACAAACUUGUCCUACAUCUACUAAAGCUUCUCUAAUGGUGAUUUAUUACAUGAUCUCAUCAUCUAAAUCGAGUGAGAAGAUCACAUCAAGGUUUGUGGAAUUGGGUUUGGUCUCAAUUGUAUUGGAAAUUCUUGUUGGUGGUGAAAGAAGCAUAUCUGAGAAGGCUUUAGCGGUUUUAGAUAACAUUUGUAGUUGGAAAAAAGGCAUAGAAAAGGCUCGUAACCACGCGCUGACUAUGCCGGUGUUGGUGAAGAAGAUACUGAGAGUUUCUGAUAUGGCAACCAAGUUUUCGGUGUCGAUUCUGUGGAAGAUCUGCAAGAAUAGUGUUGAAGAUGGAGGUGAUGAUAAUGAGAUGGUUGAGGCCCUUCAGUUGGGUGCUUUUCAGAAGCUGUUGGUGGUAUUGCAGGUUGGCUGUGGUGAGAAAACUAAGGAAAAGGCUACUGAGUUGUUGAAAUUGUUGAAUCAGUUCAAAGAUAGGUUGGACUGUUUUGAUUCAUCAAUGGAUUUCAAGUAUCUCAAGAGGCCAUAAGCAAUUAAAUGUUUGUUUGUUAGGUUAAAGAAGAUAGAUGUACAAAGAUACACAGAAUGUUAUUCCACUGUUACAUAUUGUAAAUAAAUAUUUAUCCUUUGACAAGUUCAAUGUUAGUUUUGACCAUGUAUUCAUCUCUCUGCUAAAUUAUUGUCCUCACGUCCGUUAUAUUCUUGUAUUUUAAGGACCUCAGCAGUUUUGGGAGAAGUAUUUUAAUAGCAAAAAUGCCAUGAAUCAUGAUAUAUUUUCCCAGA